AUGGACGGAUAUAAUCAUCGAUCGAAGCGCCGUCGUCUGGAUCCGUCUCCGGUGCGGCCGAAUGGCUUCAUCAAGUCGCCUACCGAUACCUCGUCCGACGAGCUGGCUGCGGGCUCCGAACACGAUGAGGCCGAGCGCCGUCGCGCCAGUUGGUCUAUCCAGAAAGUCGUGCCUCCCAAGCGUCCCUACCGGCGAUCGCGCAGCUACAGCGGCUCCGAGAGCCCGGACGAACUGACCAUGGAUGCGGAAGAUUACUGGCGCUCGCGCGGUCGCGGUCGCAAGUCGCCCUCGGAGGUAAGUGCGGAGCCGACGUCGGAGCAGUACCCGGAUGACGGCGAGGGCGAGGGCGACAGGGAGGAUGCGGUGGAGGACGAGGAAGUGGGGGAGGCGGAGGAUGAGGAUGCCGGAGCGGAAGGGGACGUAGAAUACGUGGAAAUCGAAGACGUGGAGGAAAUCCCCGCAGACGUUGAAGAGCCUGAAGCUGCGGCUGCGGACGACGCCGACGCCGCGCCCGAACAGCCAUAUUCAGAUCGAUCUCCCACGCCCGUCCCUCCACCUCCGCCGCCGCCGCCUCCCAAGCCCGACAAGUUGAAUUACCAGCAGAAGUUCUUACUCCGGGGUCACCUCCGCGGAGUCUCGGCGGUGCAGUUCUCUCCGGAUGCCUCCAUGAUCGCCAGUGGGGGUGCCGACGGAGCGGUCAAGGUCUGGGAUACGCAGAGCGGCCGACUGAUCCAUACCUUUGAAGGCCAUCUUGCGGGGGUGUCGACGAUCUCGUGGGGGCCUGACGGCGCGACCAUCGCAUCGGGCUCGGACGACAAAACCAUUCGUCUGUGGAAUGUGCAGACGGGCAAAGCGCAUCCCAUCCCCUUCGUCGGCCACCACAACUACGUAUACCAAAUCGCAUUCUCCCCCAAAGGCAACAUGCUGGCCAGCGGCUCCUACGACGAGGCGGUGUUUCUCUGGGACGUACGGUCGGCCAGCGUGAUGCGAUCGCUGCCGGCGCAUUCGGACCCGGUGGGCGGCAUCGACGUGGUGUGGGACGGGACGCUGGUAGCCUCGUGCGCUACGGACGGGUUGAUCCGUAUCUGGGACACAGCGACGGGUCAGUGUCUGCGGACGCUGGUGCACGAGGACAACCCGCCGGUGACGGCGGUCAAAUUCUCGCCCAACGGCAAGUACGUGCUGGCGUGGACGCUGGACGACUGCGUGCGGCUGUGGAACUACGUGGAGGGACGCUGCAUCAAGACCUACCAGGGACACAGCAAUCGGAAAUACAGCCUGUCGGGGGGCUUUGGCCUGUACGGGGCCCCCGGCGCACCGCCCGAGGCGUUUGCGGUCAGCGGCAGCGAGGACGGCGCGGUGCUCUGCUGGGACGUGGUGAACAAGAAGAUCCUGCAGCGCAUCGAGGGCCACACCGGGGUGGUGCUGGGGGUGGACACGGCGUCGCUCGGGGAGCAGCGGUUGAUGGUCAGCUGCGGUAUUGACGGGUUGGUGCGGGUGUACGAAGAACGCGAGGAUGAAGACGAGGACCCAGAGAAGGGCCAAGAGAAGGACGCAGGCGCAAGCGCAGAGCCACAACCAAACGGGACGGGAGAAGCCACUGCCGACCCAGAGCCUCAGGCCGACAUAGAACCUGAGGCAUCGGCACGCGAGCCUGAGGCCGAAGCCGUGGUCAACGAAGCCCUAACCAACGGAGUCACUCCGACCGGCGCUUCGGACGCAGAACCGCAGGAUACGGAGAUGGGCGAGGCGGACACUCCUGGCGGGUAA